GUGGUGGGAAACUGCAUUGGCCAAGUAGAAAGACAGACUGGGGAAUUACAGUGUAGUUUAGAUUAACAGGUUUAACACCGUGAGUCAUGGAGUGUAAAUCCUCCGUACUGGCAACUCAAGUUUCUCUGAUCUUUCUCUGUGUGAGUGUAGAUUUGUGGAGGGAGCGAUUGAAUCAGAGGGGAGGAGGGGGAGGAGGAGGAGGAGGUGGAGGAGGUGAAACCUUAAAUGGUACACACCAUACAACUAAUUCACUCAGCUCUCGGCUGCAUUAUUGGAGCUACGAACUGUGCGUCUGAAGGGACUGCGUAUGCGCCGCAUCUAAAUAAGUCUACUGAUGUCUGGAAGUAUAGACUUAAUCUCAUGCUGGAAUUUUUAUUACUAUAUAGCAAGAGUUUGGAUAUAAUUUGUUAGGGUAAUGCUGCAGUCCGUUCUGAGUGGCAAGGUUCUUUUCAUUGCGAGUGAAACUUGAACGUCGCGUCUUCGCGUCCAGUCUGUCCUUGAAAAGACAUUUGCUUUGCAGACGCCGCAGGAAGUCUAAAGUUGUAGAAUCCUUACGUGCUGAAAUAAGGGCAAAACGGGCUUAUAAUACGUAUAAUAUUCGCCAAGGGUGGGUUGUACAUUUUGGAGUCACUUUGUGCACCACUUAAUACAUAACAUAAAUAUAGGCAAUAAAUGUCAAACAAAACAAGGUUUUGUGAAAUUUUAGAAGCAAAUAUUGAGUCAAUUCUUUUUAUUGUUAAACACCCGAGAAUGGAGUUAUCAGGGAUUAUAACGGACUUCCUCAAGCUGUCAAAGGAGAAUGUUUUGCUGGUCUGUCUUGCAGUCUUGGUCGUCGUCCACUUGAUGACCAGUUUGGUGCGCAACUGGAGCGUGCGGACUUUACCGGGCCCAUUUCCGUGGCCGAUCAUUGGUAAUGCGGCGCAAAUCGGCAGGUACCCGCACAUCUACUUCACGCGCAUGGCGCAGCACUACGGCGACGUUUUUCAGAUCAAGCUUGGCAACCGGCCCGUGGUGGUCCUUAACGGCGACGCUAUCCGACAGGCGCUCGUGCAGAAAGGUGUGGAUUUUGCCGGCAGACCGGAUUUCGCCUCGUUCCGCUUCGUCUCGUGCGGUCGGAGCAUGGCUUUCGGCAGUUACAGCGAAUGGUGGAAGGUGCAUCGUCGGGUGGCGCAUGCAACCGUGCGCAAGUUCACUACGGGUAACCCGGACACCAAGAACGCCAUCGAGAACCACGUCGUGAGUGAAGUCAAAGAGCUGAUCUCGCUGUUUAUGCACGAAACGCGCACGCAUGGCUACUUUCAGCCUCACCGCUACCUUGUGGUGUCCAUGGCGAACAUUACAAGCGCCUUAUGCUUUGGGAAACGCUAUUCGUACGACGACGCGGAGUUUCAGCAGGUGGUGGGGCGUAACGACAAGUUCACGAUGACAGUGGGUGCCGGCAGCAUCGUGGACGUUAUGCCUUGGCUCCAGUACUUUCCCAACCCCAUGAAAACACUGUUUGAUCAGUUCAAGGAACUCAACGCAGAGUUCUACGAAUUCAUCCUGACCAAAGUUGUGGAGCACCGGAAGACCAAGGAGCCGAGCGUCGUCCGGGACAUGACGGACGCGCUCAUUAUGUCCCUGGACCGCGGCAUGACUGGGCCAUCCGGGGUCUUACUGGAUGAGAAGUACGUGCCCCCGACCAUCGGAGACAUCUUCGGCGCGAGCCAAGACACCACCUCCAGCGCGAUGCAGUGGAUUAUUCUGUUGCUCGUGAGAUAUCCAGAUGUUCAGAAGAGACUUCAGGAGGAAGUGGACAAAGUAGUGGGCAGGAAUCGUCUACCUUCCAUCCAGGACCAAUCACAUCUCCCAUAUUUGAUGGCCUUCAUCUAUGAGAUGAUGCGGUUCACCAGUUUUAUCCCUGUGACAAUUCCUCACAGCACAACCACAAACACCUCCAUUAAUGGAUACCCCAUUCCCAAAGGCACUGUGGUUUUCAUCAACCAGUGGUCCCUGAACCAUGAUCCCAAAAAGUGGGAUCAGCCCGAGAUCUUCAACCCAUUGCGCUUCCUGGAUGAGGAUGGGGAACUAAAUAAAGAUAAGACUGGCAAUGUCCUGAUCUACUCCAUGGGAAAGAGGAGGUGUAUUGGAGAGGAACUGUCCAAAAUGCAGCUCUUCCUCUUCACAACACUCCUGACACAUCAGUGUCACUUUACAGUGGAGAAACGACCCACUAUGGACUGCAUGUAUGGGCUAACACUGAAGCCCAACCCAUUCAAAGUAGCAGUAACACUGCGUGACUGA